AUGAACCUGACCUUCAGUCUGAUAUCUAAUGCCAACAUUUCUGAUACAGGCAGCAUCACAUUGAGCCCCUACACCGAGGUGGCCCACUCUGGCAUGGCCUACGUGACAGAAAGCCGCCGGUUGACCACCACCUGCAAGAUGAAUCUUUUUAAGUUCCCCUUUGACACCCAGAACUGCAGCAUUACUUUUAUUUCCUUUAUGCUCAAAGGAAUAAAGUUGGGGCCCUUCUCCAACAGCAUUAUCAUGAGCCAAUUUUCCGAAAAGGUCAUGGUUACAUUGGGGGAAUGGGACUUCCUGGGCAUUAGGUUGUCCAUGGAAAAGCUAAUCUACGACAACAACAUUGUUUGGGACAAGCUGGUCUACAAGAUCAGCAUACGAAGAAGACCCCUAUUAUAUGUGAUCAACCUACUACUACCACUCUUAUUUUUCCUCAUCCUGGACUUGGCCUCCUUUUUCAUUGAUGAGGCCAAGGGAGAAAAGCUGGGCUACAAAGUGACCAUACUCUUGUCCAUUUCUGUCUUACUGCUGAUUCUCAAUGACAUCCUGCCUUCCACAGCAGAUGACCUGCCACUCAUAGCUCUUUACUGCAUCGUAAUCUUUGCCCUCACGGGCCUCAGCCUCCUGGAGACCAUGCUGGUGAGCUUCCUGAUUGAUAUGGACAGCAGGGCUGAUCAGGACAUCCAGACCUCUUCUAAGACCUGUGAGGAGACUCAGGAAGAGACCGACUGCCAAAGAGAGUCUCAGAGAGAUGCUGAGAUCAGCCUGGUGAAGGUUGAGGACAUUCCAAACAAGAAGGACCUUGAUGGAGACUGGCUGAACAACCCCCGCCUGCUGCAGCGGAUCCUAGAGGUGCGGAACAUACGGCAGAAAUGGUUCUUUGCUAACAUGAAGAAGAAGAAGCCUGGGCACUGGGAGAGAGAAGAAUAG